UUGAUGCCAUCACUGGACGCCAUUCCACAUAGUUUGGAUAUGGCCAUUCUUUGAUUGCAUUAACCGCGAGGGGAGAAUGGGAAAAUGUUUAAAUAAAUCUGGUCAGUAAAACAUUAGGUAUUGGGCUUUGUCCAAACGGUGUAGUUAGCUAGUCGUUACCGUUGCAUAACUGUUAACUAGGUAACGUUUCCUGCUCAUCAUCAGACAGCUACAUUUUUAGCUUGGUACUGUUGGCUAGCUAAUAGCUCCUGCUAACUAAUUUGAAGCUCUGCUCAUACAGAGUCGAUGUAGGAGUAAAACGACGAUUGUUUUCUAUUUGGUGACCUCACAAGGGAUUCCACUGUUCUGGUGACAGGAAGAAGAUCGGAUCCUGAAAUAACUUGUCUUUGACAGAGACCCAUAAUGCAGCACUUCCUGAAGCUCCCGGUGUGGCAGGAGAUAUAGGAGACCUGUGAAUACACAGGAGAGAGACACACCUCACACUAGUGACAACUCAAUUCAAUAGAAAGUUAUUUUAUUUUUUACAAAAACAUUCUAACUGCUGGGACAAAAUGAGUUCAGAGAAGGAAACGUUGAUGGAUGAAAUCGAAAAGUGUUUAUGGAAUUUAACUGAGGACAAUUUACGCGACCUGUGUGAACGUUGUGGAAUGGAUGGCUCUGAAAUGAAAGGUAUGAAUCAUCGCUUAUUAAGGCGUAAAGUCAUGGAGGAAAUGUGGGACAACACGGAGUCAAUGAAAUCAGAGGAGCAGGGAAUGUCUUGGUUAGUCCGACUUAAAGAGGACAUCAGGAGGAUACAGGAGGAUGGUAGCAGUGCACUCAUGAGUCCCAGCCAAUCCGAUGAUGUAGACUGCAAUGAAGAACGCAACAAGAGGGACAGGGAUUGUUUGCCUAGCAACGGACUGACAACGGAGCCCUUGCAUCCCAGCCAAUGUGAUGAUGAUGCUGUAGACUGCGAUGAAGAAUGGAAUGAAGAGGGAGGAGCUGCGUUGCUUAGCAACACACCAGACCAGAGUACAUUAAAGAGGCACAUCAGAUUGCACACUGUUAAACAACACACAGUGAAUCCCUCAGUGAAACCUCACCAUUGCUCAGAUUGUGGGAAGCAAUUCAUUGUAAAAUCAAGCCUUAAACAUCACCUGCUAGUUUUUCACACAGAUCACCCUCACUGUUGUGGUCAAUGUAAGAAGAGCUUCAUAACUGCAGAAAGGCUGGAAUCACACAUUAAGACACGACACCCGCCAAGUGAUCCUCUGCAGAACCCACAUGUGUGCUCUAAAUGCGGUAGGGCAUUCCCUGUGGCUGCCAGUCUUAAGAGACACCUGAGAACUCAUACUGGGGAGAAACCGUACGUCUGCCCCAAAUGUGGAAAGGACUACAGUGACUGUGGAAACUUGAGGAAACACAUGAGAAGAACUCACCCAGUAGAGGAGAUGGUUGUGGAGAGUUUCGCCACUCAGAGGAGCAUCCCUACAGGAAAUGUGGAGGAAAUGCAGGACAAUGCGGAUUCAAUUAAAUCGGAGGAGCAGGGAACAUCUUGUUCACUCCAACUGAAAGAGGACCUCAAAGGGAUACAGGAGGAUGGUAGCGUUGUACCCAUGAGUCCCGGCCAAGCCUAUUAUGAUGGUGCUGACGACGAUGAUGAUGAUGAUGAUGUAGACUGCAACGUUAAGGACAGGGAUUGGUUGCCUAGCAACGGACUGAAGGCGGAGCCCAUGAGUCCCAGCCAAUCCGAUGACGCUGUAGACUGGGACGAGGAGGACAGGGAUUGGAUGGCUAGCGAUGGGCUGGAGGUGGAGUCGUCUCCAGAGAGGUACACACCAGAGCAGAGAGUGAGAGGGGACAAACCUCCCCCGCCCCCCUUUGCCCUCCCAGAGUCCCCGGGGCGUGCCUCUCCCGGUAGCGCCUUAUUGUGCGGUCUGAAGAGGGUGUCUGUGCAGCUAGUCGACUGCAGGAAGACACCGGGGCAGAGUGGCCAUAUAAUACACAAGACAACACAGACAGGAGAGAAACCCCACAGCUCGUCUAAUGCUGAACAACACAAAACCCUCUCAGGAGACAGGCCUAGCUCCCAUAUCUGUGAUCACUGUGAGAAGAAUUUUGGCACUGCUACAAAUCUGAAAACACACUUACUUUAUCUGUCUGGAGAGAAACCACACAUCUGCUCUGAAUGCGGAAAGAGUUUCACACAAGCCGGCUGUCUUAAGAGACACCUGAGAACUCAUACGGGGGAGAGACCGUACGUCUGUCCUCGUUGUGGGAAGGCUUGUACUGAUUCUGGAAACUUAAAGAGACACAUCAGAAAAACUCACCCGGGAGAGGAGGUCUUUGUGAAGAGACUUGCCUAUCAGAAGAGCGUUCGUAAUGCUAAAGAACGCAAACAAACCUACUGCGGAGAUGGCUCCCAUAUCUGUGAUCACUGUGGUAAGAAUUUUACCACAGCAGGAAGUCUUAAACUACACACACAGAACCUGCAGAGAAGGAGAGAGAACUUGACUGCAGAGAAAGCUCAUGUGUGCUCUGAAUGUGGAAAGGGCUUCCAUCAGGCUGGAAGUCUUAAGAGACACCUGAGAACUCAUACAGGGGAGAAACCGUACAUUUGCCAUCAUUGUGGGAAGGCUUGCAGUGAUUCUGGAAACUUACAGAAACACAUCAAAAGUCACAUGGGUAAACAACACACAGUGAAACCUUACCUCUGCUCUGAAUGUGGGAAGCAAUUCAUUGGAAAACAAAGCCUUGAACAUCACCGGGAGGUUUUUCACACAGAACACCCUCACCGCUGUGGUCAAUGUAAGAAGAGCUUCAUAACUGCAGAAAGACUGGAAUCACACAUAAAAACACGACACCCGCCAAGUGAUCCUGUGAAGAAUCCACAUGUGUGCUUGGAAUGCGGAAGGGGAUUCCCUGUGGCCGCCAGUCUUAAAAGACACCUGAGAAUCCAUACUGGGGAGAAACCGUACUCCUGCCCUCAGUGUGGAAACAGUUACAAUGAUCGUGGAAAUUUAAAGAAACACAUCAGAACUCACACAGAAGAAAAACCUUACCACUGCUCGGUGUGUGGGAUGAAGUUUCGUCAUACAAAAACGUUACAACGGCAUCACCAGGAGAACCACAAGGGGGAGACACUGGGUCCCAUCCACAGGCACCAAGACCCUCUUCCUUGCCCCCACUGCGGGGAGGAGUUCUCAUCCAAGGCUCUUCUAAGGGAUCAUCUACGGACCCAUUCUAGCCGGGUCCACUGCUCCCGAUGCGACAAGACCUUCUCCACUAAAAGUAACUUACUGGUUCAUCAGAGGAUACACACUGGAGAGAAGCCUUACCUUUGCCCUCAGUGUGGGAAGAGUUUUUCUCUGGCAGGGAGUUUAAAACUUCAUCUCCGGAUUCAUGCGGGUGAGAAACCUUACUGCUGUACUUACUGUGACAAGAGAUUCACAAGUAAGAGCCACUGCAAUCUUCAUCUGCGAAUCCACACUGGAGAGAAGCCGUACCAAUGCCCUGACUGCGGGAGGUGUUUCGCUGACGGGAAUGUCUUGAAAAACCACCGGCGGACCCACACAGGAGAGAAACCGUUCCAGUGCCGCAUGUGUGAUAAAGCCUUUGCCCAGUUGAGCAGUCUGAAGAAACAUCAGGAGACACACAGGCAAACUCCGCCUGUCUCUGUCCCAAGACUCCCUAAUCCCUACCUACCACACAAUCAGCAUGUCCCUUAUCCCUACCCAUCACAGACUCAAUGGUAACCUUGUUUACACCUGACCAAGUUGUCCGGUGUCCUGUUACCUGGUAACCUGUCUGUUACCUGGUAACCUGUCUGUUACCUGGGAACCUGUCUGUUACCUGGGAACCUGUCUGUUACCUGGGAACCUGUCUGUUACCUGUCCCAGAUAGGAAGAAUGCAUUUCUAACGUAUUGGGACAGGAACCUAGACUCAGUCUGUCCCAAAAACCCAACCUACCAUGCACUCAGUGAAUGGUAACAUGCUUAAACCUGUCCCUUGUAGAUAACUAGAUGGAAAUUAAUUGAAGGAUCCAUUUUCUUUUUUAAACAUUUGUUAUGAUUUCAUUGAGACAGGUUUGCAGUCAUUGAGGAUUGAUAUGCUGUGUAUAGAGCUUGGAAUAGAAUGUUAUUUUGUUCAUCUGUCUCAAAAUAAUUAUUUGGCUCAAAGUUCAUAUUUUAGCUACAGAGUUUUUGUAUUCACAGUUGAUAUUUGGAUAUGUUGUUCAUUUUAAAAGGUGUUUAAAAUUCCGAACCUCAACUGGUGGAAAUAAAAUGGUUGUUGGAGGAAUUAUUUUUCUAA